CUGUGUCACACUGAGCAAGGCUGUGUGAUCGUGACUCCCCACCAGAGAGACUGAGGCGAGAGGAAGGAGGGGCGGGCUCCUGGCAAGGCACUCGCUCCUGAACAGAGUCCUGCAGAAGAUGGAGAAGGAGGAUGAGGCGACCCGGGAGCUGCUGCUGCCCAGCUGGCAGGGCAGCGGCUCCCACGGGCUGACCAUCACCCAGAGGGACGACGGCGUCUUUGUGCAGGAGGUGAUGCAGAACUCCCCUGCGGCCCGCACUGGGGUGGUGAAGGAGGGGGACCAGAUUGUGGGUGCCACCAUAUACUUUGACAACCUUCAGUCGGGCGAGGUGACCCAGCUGCUGAACACCAUGGGCCACCACACCGUGGGUCUGAAGCUGCACCGCAAGGGGGACCGCUCCCCAGAGCCCGGCCAGACCUGGGCCCACGAAGUCUUCGGCUCCCGCAUCUCCGAGGUGGUUCUGAGCGGGGAUGAUGAGGAGUACCAGCGCAUCUACACCACGAAGAUCAAGCCCCGGCUGAAGUCGGAGGACGGAGUAGAAGGGGACCUUGGGGAGACCCAGAGCCGCACCAUCACGGUGACCAGAAGGGUCACUGCCUACACUGUGGAUGUGACGGGCCGGGAAGGAGCCAAGGACAUCGACAUCAGCAGCCCUGAGUUCAAGAUAAAGAUUCCACGGCAUGAACUGACUGAAAUCUCCACUGUGGAUGUGGAGACCCAGCCCGGGAAGACAGUGAUCAGACUGCCCUCGGGCUCAGGGGCAGCGCCUCCGACCACAGGCUCUGCUGUGGACACCCGAGCGGGGUCCGCUUCUGCUUCAGGACCAGACCUCCAAGGUGCUGGCCGCUUGAAGCCCCAGGUCACCGUGCCUGGGAUAAAGGUGGGAAGCCCAGGUGUCAGUGUCAGUGCAAAGGGCUCGGACUGGGGUGGCAAAGGAGAGGCCCACGUUCCAGGAGUGGAUGUUGGGAGUGGGGCAGUAGAGGUGCAGGGCCCACCGCUUGAGAGGGGCAACAAUGGGAAAAUUAAAAUCCCCACCAUGAAAAUGCCAAAAUUUGGUUUCUCGACAGGGCCUGAGGCACCAGAGGCAGGGUUGAGUGUUUCUGCACCUGAAUUCUCUGGGGAGCACAAGGGCAGCAAGCCAGGCUUGACCACUGGUGGAAGCAUCCAGACCCCUCAGCUGGAAGUCAGUGCUCCCUCUGUCGAUGUUGAGGGACUUGAGGGGAAGCUGAAGGGCCCCCAAAUCACUGGGCCAUCCCUUGAGGGUGACCUAGGCCUGAGAGGUGCCAAGCCACAGGGGAGCACAGGGGUGGACAUCCAGGGCAGCACCAGUGGCUCCUGUGUGGAAGUUCGAGCCCCUGACAUUGAUAUUCAGGGGCCUGGGGGCAAACUGGACAUGGACAAGAUGAAAGUCCCCCGAUUCCCCUUGUCAGGUUCUAAGGGAGAGGGAGCUGGCAUUGAUGUGACACUGCCCAUGGGUGAAGUGACUCUUCCUGGGGCCUCUGGGGGCGUCAGCCUGCCUGGGAUUUCUGCUGGUGGGGUGGAAGGGAAGGUGAAGGGUCCUAAAGUCAAGACUCCUGAAAUGAUUAUUCAGAAACCUAAAAUCUCUAUGCAAGAUGUGGAUUUGAGCCUUGGGUCCCCUAAACUGAAAGGAGAUAUUAAGGUUUCUUCUCCUGGGGUUCACAGUGACAUUAAAGGCCCUCAAGUGGCAGUGAAAGGCUCUAAAGUGGACAUAGAGACACCCAGUCUAGAGGGGACCCUGACAGGCCCCAACCUUAGUAGUCCUUCUGGGAAAACAGGAACCUGCAGGAUCUCUAUGGCAGAUGUAGACUUAAAUGUGGCUCCACCUAAAGUGAAAGGGGAUGUGGAUGUCAUACUCCCAAAAGUAGAAGGAAAAGUCAGAGUCCCUGAAGUUGACAUCACAGGCCCCAAGGUGGACAUCAGUGCCCCUGAUGUGAACAUUCAUGGCCCAGAGUGGUACCUGAAGAUGCCCAAGAUGAAAAUGCCCAAGUUCAGCACACCAGGAAUCAAAGGGGAAGGCCUAGAUCUAGACGUGAAUCUACCCCAAGGAGAUGUCAGUGUUUCAGGGCCCACGGUCAACGUGGAAGCCCCAGAUGUCAACAUGGGAGGCCUGGGAGGCAAACUUGAAGGCCCUGAUAUUAAGCUGCCUGAAAUGAGUGUCAAGACCCCACAGAUCUCCACACCUGGUGUCGGUCUGCAUGUCAGAGGCACAACGGUAAAAGGAGAGUGCGGCGUGACAGCACCAGAACUUCAGGGAGAGCUGAAAGGCCCCAAAGUGGACAUCGAUGCCCCAGAGGUGGACAUUCAUGGCCCAGACUGGCAUGUGAAGAUGCCCAAGAUGAAAAUGCCCAAAUUCAGCGUGCCAGGCUUCAAAGCAGAGGGCCCAGACCUGGGUGUGAGCUUGCCCAAGCCUGAUGUGGACAUUUCUGGACCCAAGGUAGAGGUUAGUGCUCCAGAUGUGAGCAUUGAGGGACCAGAAGGGAAAUUGAAAGGACCUAAGUUUAAGAUGCCUGAGAUGAAUAUCAAAGCCCCAAAGAUCUCCGUGCCAGAUGUGGACUUACAUUUGAAAGGCCCUAACGUAAAAGGAGAAUAUGAUGUCACAGUGCCAAAGGUUGAAGGUGAGAUUAAAGUUCCUGAUGUUGAACUUAAAAGUGCCAAAGUGGACAUCGAUGCCCCAGAGGUGGACGUUCACAACCCAGACUGGCACCUGAAGAUGCCCAAGGUGAAAAUGCCCAAGUUCGGCAUACCUGGCUUCAAAGCAGAGGGCCCAGACGUGGAUGUGAGUCUGCCCAAGGCCGACAUUGAUAUCUCAGCACCUAAGGUGGAUGUUGAUGUUCCAGAUGUGAAUAUUGAAGGACCUGAGGGAAAGAUGAAGGGUCCCAAGUUUAAGAUGCCAGAGAUGAAUAUCAAGGCUCCAAAGAUCUCCAUGCCUGAUGUAGAUUUGCAUAUGAAAGUUCCCAAGGUCAAGGGGGAAUAUGAUGUGACACCACCAAAGCUGGAAGGGGAACUGAAAGGGCCAAAAGUGGACAUCAGUGCCCCAGAUGUUGAAGUUCAUGGUCCUGACUGGAACCUAAAAAUGCCCAAGAUGAAAAUGCCCAAAUUUACAAUGCCUAGCCUCAAAGGGGAGGGCCCAGAACUGGAUGUGAAACUGCCCAAGGCUGAUCUGGACAUUUCGGCACCCACAGUAGAUAUUACUGCUCCAGAUCUGAGCCUUGAAGGACUGGAAGGAAAGUUGAAAGGUCCCAAAUUUAAGAUGCCUGAGAUGCACUUCAAAGCUCCUAAGAUGACUAUGCCAGAUGUUGACCUGGAUCUUAAAGGACCCAAAAUGAAAGGAAAUCUAGAUAUGUCAGCACCCAAAAUAGAAGGUGAGAUGAAAGUACCAGAUGUGGACAUCAAAGGCCCCAAUGUAGACAUUAAAGCACCAGAUGCAGAAAUUCAGGGUGCAGAAUGGAGCCUGAAGAUGCCCAAGAUGAAAAUGCCCAAGUUCAGCGUGCCCGGCUUCAAAGCUGAGGGCCCAGACUUGGAUGUGAGCCUGCCCAAGGCCGACAUUGAAAUCGCUGCACCCAAGGUUGACAUCGAAGCCCCAGAUGUGAACCUUGAGGGACCAGAAGGGAAGCUGAAGGGGCCCAAGUUCAAGAUGCCCGAGAUGCACUUCAAGGCCCCCAAGAUCUCCAUGCCUGAUGUGGAUAUAGACUUGAAAGGCCCCAGAGUCAAAGGGGAUGUGGAUGUGUCUGUGCCCAAGAUGGAAGGUGAAAUGAAACUGCCAGAUGUGGACAUCAAAGGACCCAGAAUGGACAUUGAUGUCCCAGAUGUGGAUGUUCAUGGCCCAGACUGGCACCUGAAGAUGCCCAAGGUGAAAAUGCCCAAGUUCAGCAUGCCCGGCUUCAAAGCUGAGGGCCCAGACUUGGAUGUGAGCCUGCCCAAGGCCGACAUUGAAAUCGCUGCACCCAACGUUGACAUCGAAGCCCCAGAUUUGAGCCUUGAGGGACCAGAAGGGAAGCUGAAGGGCCCCAAGUUCAAGAUGCCCGAGAUGCACUUCAAAGCCCCCAAGAUCUCCAUGCCUGAUGUGGACCUGAAUCUUACAGGCCCAAAACUAAAGGGGGGUGUGGAUGUGUCUCUGCCUGAUGUAGAAGGUGAAGUGAAAGUGUCAGAUGUGGACAUUAAAGGACCCAAAGUUGACAUCAGUGCCCCAGAUGUGGAUGUUCAUGGCCCAGACUGGCACCUGAAGAUGCCCAAGGUGAAAAUGCCCAAGUUCAGCAUGCCGGGCUUCAAAGGAGAGGGCCCAGACGUGGAUGUGAGCCUGCCCAAGGCCGACAUUGAUGUCUCUGGGCCUAAGGUGGAUGUUGAAGUUCCAGAUGUGAAUAUUGAAGGUCCUGAAGCAAAACUAAAGGGUCCUAAAUUUAAGAUGCCAGAAAUGAAUAUAAAGCCUCAGAAGAUAUCCAUGCCAGAUGUUGGUUUGCAUUUGAAAGGUCCUAAAAUGAAGGGAGAUUAUGAUGUUACAGUCCCAAAAGUAGAAGGAGAGUUAAAAGCUCCUGAUGUCAACAUCAGAGGUCCCAAAGUGGACGUUAAUGCACCAGAUGUGGGAGUUCAUGGCCCAGAUUGGCACCUGAAGAUGCCCAAGGUGAAAAUGCCCAAGUUCAGCAUGCCUGGCUUCAAAGGAGAGGGCCCGGAUGUGGAUGUGAGCCUGCCCAAGGCUGACAUUGAUGUUUCAGGACCCAAGGUGGACAUUGAUGCUCCAGAUGUGAAUAUUGAAAGUCCAGAGGGGAAACUAAAGGGUCCCAAGUUCAAGAUGCCAAGCAUGAAUAUACAGACGCACAAAAUCUCAAUGCCUGAUGUUGGACUUAACCUGAAAGCCCCUAAACUGAAAGCGGAUGUAGAUUUUUCCCUUCCCAAAGUGGAAGGAGACUUGAAAGGUCCUGAAGUUGAUGUAAAAUCCCCUAAGAUGGAUGUGGAUGUUGGUGAUAUUGAUCUGGAAUGUCCUGAUGCAAAGUUGAAAGGCCCCAAGUUUAAGAUGCCCGAGAUGCACUUUAAGGCCCCCAAGAUCUCCAUGCCUGAUGUGGACUUACACCUGAAAGGCCCCAGAGUCAAAGGGGAUGUGGAUGUGUCUGUGCCCAAGGUGGAAGGUGAAAUGAAAGUGCCAGAUGUGGACGUCAGAGGCCCCAAAGUGGAUGUUGAUGCCCCAGAUGUGGGAGUUCAUGGCCCAGACUGGCACCUGAAGAUGCCCAAGGUAAAAAUGCCCAAGUUCAGCAUGCCAGGCUUCAAAGGAGAGGGCCCAGAAGUGGAUGUGAGCCUGCCCAAGGCUGACAUUAAUGUGUCUGGACCCAAAGUGGACAUUGAUGCUCCCGAUCUGGAUAUUGAGGGACCAGAAGGAAAAUUAAAAGGCUCUAAAUUUAAGAUGCCUAAGCUGAAUAUCAAAGCUCCCAAGAUAUCCAUGCCAGAUGUAGACUUGAAUUUGAAGGGACCCAAACUGAAAGGAGAGAUAGAUGCUUCUUUGCCAGAAAUAGAAGGUGAUCUCAGAGGUCCCCAGGUUGAUAUCAAAGGUCCCAAUGUGGAUGUGGAGAUGCCUGAUGUUGAUCUGGAAUGUCCUGAUGCAAAGUUGAAAGGCCCCAAGUUCAAGAUGCCUGAGAUGCACUUCAAGGCCCCCAAGAUCUCCAUGCCUGAUGUGGACUUACACCUGAAAGGCCCCAAAGUCAAAGGGGAUGUGGAUGUGUCUGUGCCCAAGGUGGAAGGUGAAAUGAAAGUGCCAGAUGUGGACAUCAAAGGACCCAGAAUGGACAUUGAUGUCCCAGAUGUGGAUGUUCAUGGCCCAGACUGGAACUUGAAGAUGCCCAAGAUGAAGAUGCCCAAGUUCAGCAUGCCCGGCUUCAAAGCUGAGGGCCCAGACUUGGAUGUGAGCCUGCCCAAGGCCGACAUUGAAAUCGCUGCACCCAAGGUUGACAUCGAAGCCCCAGAUAUGAGCCUUGAGGGACCAGAAGGGAAGCUGAAGGGCCCCAAGUUCAAGAUGCCCGAGAUGCACUUUAAGGCCCCCAAGAUCUCCAUGCCUGAUGUGGACUUACACUUGAAAGGCCCCAGAGUCAAAGGGGAUGUGGAUGUGUCUGUCCCAAAAUUGGAAGGAGAUUUGAAAGGUCCCAGUGUGGGUGUGGAGGUGCCUGAUGUUGAUCUGGAAUGUCCUGAUGCAAAGUUGAAAGGCCCCAAGUUCAAGAUGCCUGAGAUGCACUUCAAGGCCCCCAAGAUCUCCAUGCCUGAUGUGGACUUACACCUGAAAGGCCCCAGAGUCAAAGGGGAUGUGGAUGUGUCUGUGCCCAACGUGGAAGGUGAAAUGAAAGUGCCAGAUGUGGACAUCAAAGGACCUAAAGUUGAUAUCAGUGCCCCAGAUGUGGGAGUCCAUGGCCCAGACUGGCACCUGAAGAUGCCCAAGAUGAAAAUGCCCAAGUUCAGCAUGCCGGGCUUCAAAGGAGAGGGCCCGGAUGUGGAUGUGAACCUGCCCAAGGCUGACAUUGACAUUUCUGUACCAAAGGUUGACAUUGAAGUCCCAGAUGUGAGCCUUGAGGGACCAGAAGGAAAACUGAAAGGUAGUAAGUUCAAGAUGCCUGAAAUGCACUUUCAUGCCCCCAAGAUCUCCAUGCCUGAUGUUGAUUUCAACUUAAAGGGAUCUAAAAUCAAAGGAGACUUUGAUGUUUCUGCCCCAAAGCUAGAGGGAGAAUUCAAGGGUCCAGAAUUGGAUGUCAAAGGCCCCAAAUUAGAUGCUGACAUGCCAGAUGUAUCUGUGGAAGGUCCAGAUGGCAAAUGGAAAGGUCCUAAAUUUAAGAUGCCAGACAUGCACUUUAAAUCUCCCAAAAUCUCCAUGCCAGAUAUUGAUCUACACUUAAAAAGCCCCAAGAUAAAGGGAGAGGUGGAUGUAAAUAUUCCCAAAUUGGAAGGUGACCUCAAAGGGCCAGAUAUCAAAGGUGACAUCAGUGGGCCAGAUAUUGACAUUGAAGGGCCAGAGGGCAAAUUGAAAGGCCCCAAGUUCAAGAUUCCUGACAUGCAUUUCAAAGCUCCAAAUAUUUCUAUGCCUGAUGUGGAUCUAAAUAUGAAAGGACCAAAACUUAAGGGAGAUGUAGAUGUGUCUGUGCCUGAGGUAGAAGGUAAAAUUAAAGCACCAGAUGUGAAUAUCAAAGGCCCCAAAGUGGAUAUAAAUGCUCCUGAUGUUCACGGCCCAGACUGGCACCUGAAGAUGCCCAAGAUGAAAAUGCCCAAGUUCAGCGUGCCCGGCUUCAAAGGAGAGGGCCCGGACAUGGAUGUGAGCCUGCCCAAGGCCGACAUUGAUGUCUCAGCACCCAAAGUGGACAUUGAAGGUCCUGAUGUUAAUAUAGAAGGACCUGAGGGAAAAUUGAAAGGUCCCAAGUUCAAGAUGCCCGAGAUGAACAUCAAAGCCCCCAAGAUCUCCAUGCCUGACUUUGACUUGCACCUGAAAGGUCCGAAGGUCAAAGGAGAUGUGGAUGUUUCCCUGCCUAAGAUGGAGGGUGACCUAAAAGGCCCUGAAGUUGACCUCAAAGGCCCCAAAAUGGACAUCGAUGUCCCAGAUGUGGAUGUUCAUGGCCCAGACUGGCAUCUGAAGAUGCCCAAGGUGAAAAUGCCCAAGUUCAGCAUGCCGGGCUUCAAAGGAGAAGGCCCAGAAGUGGAUGUGAGCCUGCCCAAGGCCGACAUUGACAUCUCAGCACCCAAGGUGGAUGUUGAAUGUCCUGUUGUGAAUGUUGAAGGACCUGAAGGAAAGUGGAAAAGUCCGAAGUUUAAGAUGCCUGAAAUGCAUUUUAAGACUCCAAAGAUAUCCAUGCCAGAUAUUGAUCUUAAUUUAACAGGUCCAAAAAUGAAAGGAGAUGUGGAUGUCACAGGUCCCAAGAUAGAAGGAGAUCUAAAAGGCCCUGAAGUUGACAUCAAAGGCCCUAAAGUGGACAUUGAUGCCCCAGAUGUGGAUGUUCAUGGCCCGGACUGGCACCUGAAGAUGCCCAAGGUGAAAAUGCCCAAGUUCAGCAUGCCUGGCUUCAAAGGAGAGGGCCCGGACGUGGAUGUGAGCCUGCCCAAGGCCGACAUUAAUGUCUCAGCACCCAAAGUGGACAUUGAAGGUCCUGAUGUUAAUAUCGAAGGACCUGAGGGAAAGUUGAAAGGUUCCAAGUUCAAGAUGCCCGAGAUGAACAUCAAAGCCCCCAAGGUCUCCAUGCCUGACUUUGACUUGCACCUGAAAGGUCCGAAGGUCAAAGGAGAUGUGGAUGUUUCCCUGCCUAAGGUGGAGGGUGACCUAAAAGGCCCUGAAGUUGACAUCAAAGGCCCUAAAGUGGACAUCGAUGUCCCAGAUGUGGAUGUUCAGGGCCCAGACUGGCACCUGAAGAUGCCCAGGAUGAAAAUGCCCAAGUUCAGCAUGCCGGGUUUCAAAGGAGAGGGCCCAGAAGUGGAUGUGAGCCUGCCCAAGGGUGACAUUGAUCUCUCAGCACCUAAGGUGGAUGUUGAAGUUCCUGAUGUCAAUAUUGAAGGUCCUGACGCAAAAUUAAAGGGCCCCAAGUUCAAGAUGCCUGAAAUGAACAUCAAAGCCCCCAAGAUCUCCAUGCCUGACUUUGACUUGCACCUGAAAGGUCCUAAGGUCAAAGGAGAUGUGGAUGUUUCCCUGCCUAAAGUGGACGGUAACCUAAAAGGCCCUGAAGUUGACAUCAAAGGCCCCAAAAUGGACAUUGAUGUCCCGGAUGUGGACGUUCAUGGCCCAGACUGGCACCUGAAGAUGCCCAAGGUGAAAAUGCCUAAAUUCAGCAUGCCAGGCUUCAAAGGAGAGGGCCCAGAAGUGGAUGUGAACCUGCCCAAGGCUGACAUUGACAUCUCAGCACCCAAGGUGGAGAUUGAAAGCCCUGAUGUUAAUAUUGAAGGACCAGAUGCGCAACUGAAGGGUCCCAAGUUCAAGAUGCCCGAGAUGAACAUUAAAGCCCCCAAGAUCUCCAUGCCUGACAUUGAUCUUAAUUUGAAGAGCCCCAAAAUGAAGGGUGAUGUGGAUGUGUCUUUACCAAAAGUAGAAGGUGUGAUUAAGGUUCCUGAUGUGGAUAUUAAAGGCCCCAAAGUGGACAUUGAUGCCCCAGAUGUGGAUGUUCAUGGCCCAGACUGGCACCUGAAGAUGCCCAAGGUGAAAAUGCCCAAGUUCAGCAUGCCGGGCUUCAAAGCAGAGGGCCCAGAAGUGGAUGUGAGCCUGCCCAAGGCUGACAUUGAUGUUUCAGGACCCAAGGUGGACACUGAUGUUCCAGAUGUGAAUAUUGAGGGUCCCGAUGCAAAGCUGAAGGGCCCCAAGUUCAAAAUGCCUGAGAUGAACAUCAAAGCUCCUAAGAUAUCAAUGCCGGAUUUGGACCUUAAUCUUAAAGGCCCUAAAAUGAAAGGAGAGGUGGAUGUUUCACUUCCAAACAUAGAGGGUGAUUUGAAAGGGCCUACUCUUGACAUUAAGGGCACGAAAGUAGAUUUAGAUGCUCCUGGUAUUGACAUUCAUGGCCCAGAAGGUAAAUUAAAAGGUCCAAACCUGAAGAUGCCUGACAUGCAAGUAAACAUUCCCAAGAUCUCCAUGCCAGAAAUUGACCUGAAUUUGAAAGGCUCAAAGCUUAAGGGAGAUGUUGAUAUUUCUGGGCCCAAAUUGGAAGGUGACAUUAAGGCUCCCAAGUUGGAUGUAAAGGGCCCAGAAGUGGAUAUUUCUGGCCCUAAGCUGAAUAUUGAAGGCAAGUCAAAGAAAUCUCGUUUUAAGCUUCCCAAAUUUAAUUUUUCGGGCUCUAAAGUUCAGACACCUGAGGUGGAUGUCAAAGUUAAAAAGCCAGAUAUUGAUGUGACAGGUCCAAAAGUUGACAUUAAUGCUCCUGAUGUUGAGGUUCAAGGAAAAGUUAAAGGCUCCAAGUUCAAAAUGCCUUUCCUGAGUAUUUCAUCUCCUAAAGUUUCUAUGCCUGAUGUGGAGUUAAACCUGAAAGGUCCUAAAGUCAAAGGAGACUUAGAUGUUGCAGCUCCCAGUUUAGAAGGUGACUUUAAAGGACCCAAAAUGGAUAUAAAAGCACCAGAAGUAAAUCUUGAUGCACCUGAUGUGGAUGUUCAUAGUCCAGACUGGAAUUUGAAAAUGCCCAAGAUGAAAAUGCCUAAGUUUGGUGUGCCUGGCUUAAAAGCAGAAGGGGCAGAUAUGACUGUGGAUCUGCCAAAAGGAGAUAUCAACAUAGAGGGGCCCAGAAUGAACAUUGAAGGCCCAGAAAUCAAUGUGGAAGGACUAGAAGGAGGCUUGAAAGGUCCCAAACUCAAGAUGCCUGACAUGAAUAUCAAAGCUCCCAAGAUCUCCAUGCCUGACCUUGAUUUAAACCUGAGGGGUCCCAAGUUGAAAGGUGAUGUGGAUGUUUCUCUGCCCAAAGUUGAAGGAGAUCUGAAAGGGCCAGAGGUUGAUAUCAAGGGCCCCAAAGUGGACAUUGAUAUCCCAGAUGUGGGAGUUCAUGGCCCAGACUGGCACCUGAAGAUGCCCAAGGUGAAAAUGCCCAAGUUCGGCAUGCCGGGCUUCAAAGCAGAGGGCCCAGACGUGGAUGUGAGCCUGCCCAAGGCCGACAUUGAUCUCUCAGCACCCAAAGUGGAUGUUGAAGUUCCAGAGGUCAGUAUUGAAGGUCCAGAUGCAAAACUGAAAGCCUCCAAGUUCAAGAUGCCUGAGAUGAACAUCAAAGUCCCCAAAGUCUCCAUGCCUGACCUUGAUCUGAACUUGAAGGGUCCUAAAAUUAAGGGUGAUAUGGAUGUGUCUUUGCCAAAAGUGGAAGGUGACCUAAAGGGCCCUGAGGUGGACAUCAAGGGCCCCAAAGUGGAUAUUGACACUCCUGAUAUUAACAUCGAAGGGCCAGAGGGGAAAUUGAAGGGGCCCAAAUUCAAGAUGCCAGAGAUGCACCUGAAAGCUCCCAAGAUCUCCAUGCCUGACAUUGAUUUAAACCUGAAGGGCCCCAAAAUGAAGGGUGACAUGGAUGUAUCUGUACCUAAAGUUGAAGGGGAUUUGAAAGGCCCUGAGAUUGAUAUCAGAAGUCCCAAAGUGGACAUUGAUGCCCCUGAUGUGGAUGUUCACGGCCCAGACUGGCACUUGAAGAUGCCCAAGAUGAAAAUGCCCAAGUUCAGCAUGCCCGGCUUCAAAGGAGAGGGCCCGGACGUGGAUGUGAGCCUGCCCAAGGCCGACAUUAAUGUCUCAGCACCCAAAGUGGACAUUGAAGGUCCUGAUGUUAAUAUUGAAGGACCUGAGGGAAAGUUGAAAGGUCCCAAGUUCAAGAUGCCUGAGAUGAACAUCAAAGCCCCCAAGAUCUCCAUGCCUGACUUUGACUUGCACCUGAAAGGUCCGAAGGUCAAAGGAGAUGUGGAUGUUUCCCUGCCUAAGGUGGAGGGUGACCUAAAAGGCCCUGAAGUUGACAUCAAAGGCCCUAAAAUGGACAUUGAUGUCCCAGAUGUGGGAGUUCAUGGCCCAGACUGGCAUCUGAAGAUGCCCAAGGUGAAAAUGCCCAAGUUCAGCAUGCCUGGCUUCAAAGGAGAGGGCCCAGAAGUGGAUGUGAGCCUGCCCAAGGCUGACAUUGACAUCUCAGCACCCAAGGUGGAUGUUGAAGUUCCCGAUGUCAAUAUCGAAGGUCCAGAUGCGAAACUGAAGGGCCCCAAGUUCAAGAUGCCUGAAAUGAACAUCAAAGCCCCCAAGGUCUCCAUGCCUGACUUUGACUUGCACCUGAAAGGUCCUAAGGUCAAAGGAGAUGUGGAUGUUUCCCUGCCUAAGGUGGAAGGUGACCUAAAAGGCCCUGAUGUUGACCUCAAAGGCCCCAAGAUGGACAUUGAUGUCCCAGAUGUGGACGUUCAUGGCCCAGACUGGCACCUGAAGAUGCCCAAGGUGAAAAUGCCCAAGUUCAGCAUGCCGGGCUUCAAAGGAGAGGGCCCAGAAGUGGAUGUGAGCCUGCCCAAGGCCGACAUUGACAUCUCAGGACCUAAGGUGGACAUAGACACUCCUGACAUGGACAUUCAUGGUCCAGAAGGGAAACUGAAGGGCCCCAAGUUUAAAAUGCCUGACCUGCACCUCAAGGCACCAAAGAUAUCCAUGCCUGAAGUCGACCUGAAUCUGAAGGGUCCCAAGGUAAAAGGCGAUGUGGACAUUUCUCUGCCCAGAGUGGAAGGAGACCUCAAGGGCCCUGAAGUUGACAUCAAGGGCCCCAAAAUGGAUGUCGAUGUCCCGGAUGUGGACAUUCAUGGCCCAGACUGGCACCUGAAGAUGCCCAAGGUGAAAAUGCCCAAGUUCGGCAUGCCGGGCUUCAAAGCAGAGGGCCCAGACGUGGAUGUGAGCCUGCCCAAGGCCGAUAUUGAUCUCUCAGCACCCAGAGUGGAUGUUGAAGUUCCAGAGGUCAGUAUUGAAGGUCCAGAUGCAAAACUGAAGGGCCCCAAGUUCAAGAUGCCAGAGAUGAACAUUAAAGCUCCUAAGAUCUCCAUGCCUGACUUUGACUUACACCUGAAGGGUCCCAAGAUAAAGGGCGAUGUGGACGUUUCCCUGCCUAAGGUGGAAGGUGAUUUCAAGGGCCCGGAAAUUGACAUCAAGGGGCCCAAAGUGGACAUCGAUGCUCCUGAUGUGGACGUUCAUGGCCCAGAUUGGCACCUGAAGAUGCCCAAGGUGAAAAUGCCCAAGUUCGGCAUGCCGGGCUUCAAAGCUGAGGGCCCAGAUGUGGAUUUGAGCCUGCCCAAGGGUGACAUUGAUGUUUCAGGACCCAAGGUGGACAUUGAUGUUCCAGAUGUGAAUAUCGAAGGUCCUGACGCAAAACUGAAGGGCCCGAAGUUCAAGAUGCCUGACAUAAAUAUCAAAGCCCCCAAGAUCUCCAUGCCUGAUGUUGACCUGGAUUUGAAAGGACCUAAAGUCAAAGGUGAUUUUGAUGUGUCUGUCCCUAAGAUUGAAGGUACCUUUAAAGGCCCAGAGGUGGACCUGAAAGGUCCAGGCCUGCAUUUUGAAGGCCCUGAUGCCAAACUCAGUGGCCCAAACUUGAAGAUGCCGUCACUGGAUAUAUCUGCCCCUAAAGUAACUGCUCCUGAUGUUGAUUUACAUCUCAAGACACCCAAAAUUGGAGUUUCUGGUCCCCAGGUAGAAGGUGGUGAACUGGACUUCAAGGGGCCUAAAGUGGAUUUAGAAGCUCCAAGUUUAGAUGUGCAAGUGGAGAGCCCAGACGUGAACAUUGAGGGGCCAGAUGUUAAAAUUCCCAAAUUUAAGAAACCCAAGUUUGGGUUUGGAGCAAAAAGCCCCAAAGCUGACUUCAAGUCCCCUUCGCUCGAUGUGACUGUUCCUGAAGCAGAGCUGAAUGUUGAGACUCCUGAAAUUAGUGUUGGCAGCAAGGGCAAGAAAAGCAAGUUUAAAAUGCCUAAAAUUCACAUGAGUGGUCCUAAAAUUAAGGCCAAAAAACAGGGAUUUGAUUUGAAUGUUCCCGGAGGUGAAAUUGAUGCCGCUCUCAAGACUUCUGAUGUAGACGUCAAUGUUGCCGGUCUGGAUGCCUCGCUUAAAGUCGAUAUGAAAUCUCCCAAAACCAAGAAACCUAUGUUUGGGAAAAUGUACUUCCCAGAUGUAGAAUUUGACAUUAAAUCACCUAAAUUUAAAGCUGAGGCCCCCCUCCCUAGCCCCAAAAUGGAAGGCGAAAUCCAGGUACCUGAUCUGGGUAUUUCUUCACCAGGGAUUAAUGUGGAAGGUCCUGACAUCAAGCUCAAGGCUUCCAAGUUCAAGGUGCCAGAUGUGGAUGUCUCAGUGCCAAAAAUAGAGGGGGACCUGAAAGGCCCCAGGGUACCAGCAAACUUGGGUGCACCGGACCUCAACAUCGAAGGCCCAGAUGCUAAAGUGAAAGCACCAUCGUUUGGCAUUUCUGCCCCUCAAGUCUCCAUCCCUGAUGUGAAUGUUAGCUUGAAAGGACCAAAUAUAAAGGGUGAUGUCCCCAGUGUGGGAAUGGAAGGACCAGAAGUAGACCUGCAAGGUCCAGAAUCGAAAAUCAAGUUCCCCAAGUUUUCAAUGCCCAAGAUUGGCAUCCCUGGUAUGAAAAUGGAAGGUGGGGGAGCUGAGGUCCAUGCCCAGCUGCCCUCUCUUGAAGGAGGCUUGAGUGCACCAGAUGUUCAGCUCGAAGGGCCUGAUGUGUCUCUGAAGGGGCCAAAAGUAGACUUUCCUUCAGUGAGCCUCGCUAUGCCAAAAGUCUCUGGACCUGACCUUGACCUCAACUUGAAAGGACCAAGUUUGAAGGGAGACCUGGAUGUAUCUCCCCCCAGCAUGAAGGUGCAUGCCCCAGGGCUUGACCUCCGAAGUGUUGGUGGAAAGGUGAAGGUGGAAGGAGACGGUGUGACAGUGCCUGGGAUCGAUGCCACAACCAUGCUUCACGUCGGUGUGCCAGACGUGACCUUGAAGGGACCAAGCCUGCAGGGAGACCUGGCUGUCUCUGGUGACAUCAAGUGUCCUAAAGUAUCAGUAGGCGCUCCAGAUCUAAGCUUGGAGGCACCUGAAGGUGGUAUUAGACUUCCCCAAAUGAAACUGCCGCAGUUUGGCAUCUCUGCUCCAGGGCCUGACUUGGACAUUAAUGUCAAGGGGCCACAAGUUACUGGAGAACUGAAGGGGCCAGGCAUGGAUGUGAACCUCGGAGGACUGAACCUGAAAGGGCCUCAGAUGUCUGGUCCUCAAAUCUCAGCACCGGGCAUGGACUUGAACUUGGAAGGACCAAAAGUAAAAGGGAGCCUCGGGGCCACUGGUGAGAUGAAAGGCCCCACUGCUGGAGGAGGUCUUCUGGGCAUCAGUGCUCAAGGCUUAGAGGGAAACCUCCAGAUGUCUGGAAUUAAGUCCUCUGGCUGUGGCAUGGAGCUGCCAGGACUGACUGUGAAACUCCCAACUGGGCAAAUCUCUGGUCCUGAAAUGAAAGGUGAUCUGAAAGGUCCGGGACUAGGUUUCCACGGGGCUGCUCCUGAUGUUAGCUUGAAGGGGCCUUCGUUUAGUGUGGCAUCUCCUGAGUCAGAUUUCGGUGUCAGCCUGAAGGGCCCCCAAAUCAAAGGAGGAGGUAUUGAUGUUUCAGGGGGUGUCAGUGCCCCAGAUACCAGCCUGGGUGAAGGGCAAGUGAGUGUUAAAGGUUCCGGGAGUGAGAGGAGAGGCCCUCAGGCCUCCUCCGCCCUCACCUUGGGUGCACCGAGGUUUGCUGGGGGACUUCAUUUCUCAGGACCAAAGGUAGAAGGAGAUGUGAAAGGAGGCCACAUCGGACUCCAGGGUCUGGGGCUGAGUGUGUCCGGGCCUCAAGGUCACUUGGAAAGUGGGUCUGGAAAAGUAACAUUCCCCAAGAUGAAGAUCCCCAAGUUCACCUUCUCCGGCCGGGAGCUGGUCGGCAGAGAAGUGGGGGUGGAUAUUAACUUCCCUAAAGCAGAGGCUAGUGUCCAGUCGGGUGCCGGAGAGGACGAGUGGGAAGAAUCCGACGUAAAACUGAAGAAGUCCAAAAUCAAAAUGCCUAAGUUCCAUUUUUCCAAAGCCAAGGGGAAAGGUGGCGUCACCAGCUCACCUGAAGCAUCCAUUUCAGGGUCCAAAGGGGACCUGAAGAGCUCGAAGGCCAGCCUAGGCUCUCUGGAAGGAGAGGCUGAGGCCGAAGCAUCUUCGCCCAAAGGCAAAUUCUCCUUAUUCAAAAGCAAGAAGCCCCGGCAUCGUUCAAAUUCCUUCAGUGAUGAAAAGGAGCUCUCGGCACCUUCCACCCCAACGGGGACUCUGGAGUUUGAAGGUGGGGAAGCGUCACCAGAAGGCGGGAAGGGCAAAGGGAAACAUGGAAAGCUGAAAUUUGGUACCUUUGGUGGAUUGGGGUCAAAGAGCAAAGGUCAUUAUGAGGUGACAGGGAGUGAUGAUGAGGCAGGCAAGCUGCAGGGGAGUGGAGUGUCCUUGGCCUCUAAGAAGUCCCGACUGUCGUCAUCGUCUAGCAGUGACAGUGGGACCAAGGUUGGCAUCCAGCUUCCCGAGGUGGAGCUGGCGGUGUCCACGAGGAAAGAGUAGCAGGCCUUUGUGUGUGUACAUACAUGUAUAAAAAUACUUCAGCCUUGGGUGUGUUUGUAUAUAAACGCCAAAGAGAAACACCCCGACAGCCUCAGCAAUAAUGCAAAGAGCUGGCCUCUGCCAGCGGCAAGCGCGGGAAAACCAACCGCCUGGGCUCCCGGAGCUUUACAGACAAGUAAAGCGUUCAAGUUCGUCCAGCCCACGUGCAAGUCAACGAUAUUUGCCUUAUGAUUUCAGUUUUUUUGCAUUGAAUGCUGAGAGCUCCUGUUUACUAAGCCAGCUUUUGUGUUUAUUCUCAUUUUUACUGAACAUUGUUAGUGUUGGGGUAAUGGAAACUCACUUUUUCAUUGUAAUGACUUUUGGGGCUUUUGUUAGUAAGGGUGGGGUGGGGUAGAAGGCAGUAGAGGGGGCCAGACCUCCAUUUCUCCUAAGAUUGGAUCUACUCCAGCAGCAAAUGCCCAAAGGGGGCUGAGAGGGGCUGCUAGCAGGGUGUGUGGGUGUCUUAACUCCUUAGCAUCGCUUUUCUCCCCAGGGGUGGUGGUCCCAGCGGGUUUGGUGCUCACCGUAAGAGAGAAUUAGAAUCUGUUUGCCAAUUGGCCAACCCACCAGCUCAGCGCUGGGGAGGGCUUCCAUUCUGGGUAUCGCAAAAGAAAUGUUUUCUUUAUGACUGCCACGUCCUGAUAGUAGUUCUGAUUUCUUUUAACAAAUGUUAUCAUGAUUAAGAAAAUUUCCAGCACUUUAAUGGCAAAUUAAUUGAGAAUGUAAGAAAAUCAAUGCUGUCAAAGGCAAAUAAAGCUGUUUAUUAACCCUGA